GCCAUCUCAGACACAGCGAUCAGUCGUCCUUAGCCAUUGUUGCCAAGGAGUGCUAGUCAUCAGCCGUCGUCAAGUGUCUCUCCGGCUGAUCGAGAGCUUGAGGAAAGGCAGCAAUGGCUACCUCCUACAUGCUUCUCCCUUACUGCGUCCUCGUCGCUGUGCUCGUCCUGCUCUUCUCCGUUGACGUGGCGGAGGGCGCCAUUAGGGAGUAUCAGUUCGAUGUGCAAAUGACGAGCGUGACGCGGCUGUGCAGCAGCAAGAGCAUCGUGACGGUGAACGGCCUGUUCCCGGGGCCGACGGUGUUCGCCAGGGAGGGCGACCUCGUCGUCGUCCGCGUCGUCAACCACGUCCCCUACAACAUGAGCAUCCACUGGCACGGCGUCCGGCAGCUGCGGAGCGGGUGGGCGGACGGGCCGGCGUACAUCACGCAGUGCCCGAUCCAGAGCGGGCAGAGCUACGUGUACAAGUUCACCAUCACGGGGCAGCGCGGCACGCUGUGGUGGCACGCGCACAUCUCCUGGCUCCGCGCCACCGUCUACGGGCCCAUCGUCAUCCUACCCAAGCCCGGCGUCCCCUACCCGUUCCCGGCGCCCUACAAGGAGGUCCCCGUCAUCUUCGGCGAGUGGUGGAAGGCGGACACGGAGGCGGUGAUCAGCCAGGCGCUCCAGACCGGCGGAGGCCCCAACGUCUCCGACGCUUUCACCAUCAACGGCCUCCCUGGGCCGCUCUACAACUGCUCUGCUAAAGACACGUUCAAGCUGAAGGUGCAGCCAGGGAAGACGUACAUGCUCCGCAUCAUCAACGCUGCGCUCAAUGACGAGCUCUUCUUCUCCAUCGCCGGCCACCCACUCACCAUCGUCGACGUCGACGCGGUCUACAUCAAGCCCAUCACCGUCGAGACCCUCAUCAUCACCCCGGGGCAGACCACCAACGUGCUCCUCACCACCAAGCCGUCGUACCCCGCCGCCAACUACUACAUGCUGGCCGCGCCCUACUCCACCGCCAGGCCGGGCACCUUCGACAACACCACCGUCGCCGGCAUCCUCGAGUACGAGGACCCCAAUUCCCCUUCCCCCGCGGCCUUCAACAAGAACCUCCCGAUCCUCAAGCCGACCCUGCCGCAGAUCAACGACACCAGCUUCGUCGCCAACUUCACGGGCAAGCUCCGCAGCCUCGCCACCGCGGAGUACCCCGCCGACGUGCCGCGGGAGGUGGACCGGCGGUUCUUCUUCACCGUCGGGCUGGGCACGCACCCGUGCGCCGUGAACGGGACGUGCCAGGGCCCCACCAACGACACCCGGUUCGCGGCGUCCGUGAACAACGUCUCCUUCGUGCUCCCAACGACGGCGCUGCUGCAGGCGCACUUCACCGGCAGGUCCAACGGGGUGUACUCGCCCAACUUCCCGGCGGCGCCGCUGAUCCCGUUCAACUACACGGGGACGCCGCCCAACAACACCAACGUGUCCAACGGGACCAAGCUGGUGGUGCUCCCGUACGGCACCAGCGUGGAGCUGGUGAUGCAGGGCACCAGCAUCCUCGGCAACGAGAGCCACCCGCUGCACCUCCACGGCUUCAACUUCUUCGUCGUUGGCCAAGGCUUCGGCAACUUCGACCCCGUCAAGGACCCGGCCCAGUACAACCUCGUCGACCCCGUCGAGCGGAACACCGUCGGCGUGCCGGCCGGCGGCUGGGUGGCCAUCCGGUUCCGUGCAGACAAUCCAGGGGUGUGGUUCAUGCAUUGCCACUUGGAGGUUCACGUCAGCUGGGGCCUGAAAAUGGCAUGGCUGGUGCUGGACGGAGACAAGCCUAAAGAGAAGCUGCUGCCUCCGCCGUCUGAUCUCCCCAAAUGCUAGGCGACACGCGGAAUUGCCGAUAAUCGCCAUCGACUGAUUGACGCAAUCUACAGAGAUUGCUGCGUGCUCCCCAAUUUGCAUAGGAUAUUUUAGCAUCUUUUGCUUGUGCUGUGGUUGGUGCUAUGAAACGCUUCCAUUAGCGGUUUCUGCUUUUUCCAGUUCAGACGUCGUCUGGUUAGCUGCGUGUGAGUCUCACGGGCAGGAAGGUUCCUUGAUCAAAGGCAACGCCAUUAAUUUUUUGA